CGCGGAAAGUUGUCACACCACCACGCCGUGCAGCUCUCAGUCUGUGAAGGUUGUGUUUACAUUUUAAACCGGGUGUUACUGACAUUUCCAGUAGUCAUGAGUGUGUUGGAGGUGAAGUUCAUCGGUGAUGGAGAUGCUCUGGAGCACAUCGUGGACAAACAGGAAGGUGUGCAGAGCAGCAGUGGAGCUGUUCAGAAGAUGGUGAAGUUUAAGAGCCCCGAAGGACGAAGGGGCAGAGAGGAGGAAGAAGAUCACGAUGGAGAUGAAAAUGGACUCCUUGAUGAGCAGAACUACAUCCAAGCUCUGGGAACAGACAAUGCAGAGGAAGAUGAGGAGGGUUUGUCCAGAGUGGCUGGAUCCUCCAUUUUUACCUUCCAGAAAGUAAAACGAGGACACAGCAUGGCGCAGACUGCAAGCGAGUUGGCUCGGACACCCGCCAAAAGCGUGACUUUCAACAAGACCCCCGAAGCUGAACCCUCCACUCCCACCAGAACAGGCCGCAACCACAGAGGUGAAGGCAGGACACCACAGAGGAACAAGAAGGUUCAGUUUGUCUCCACGACUCCACACAGGCUGAGGAAGAGGAUAUCAACUCCGAGCCUCCGGUCAGACAGCGAUAGUGAGCUGUCGCCCUCUGACUCUGGGGAGGACGAGGAAAACGAGGACAGGAUGGAGGAGGAGCAGAAAGUAAAGAAAGAAGACAAGGAGAAUCUGAAGACUCCAGUGAGGGGCGGUAAAGGCUUGUCUGCAGCUCUUUACAAGACUCCCGGCAAGAAGAGCAAAACUUCGGAAGCCGUCAACCAGCCCAGCAUGGUGGAGGAGUAUUUUGAAGCCCACGGCAGCUCGAAGGUCCUGACCUCAGACCGCACACUGGAGCGUUUACAUACUCCUAAACUGGACCGGGAGACGCUGGUCCAGCUGUUAGAUGGAAAGCCGUCCUGCUACUCCAAAGAGAUCCAGCAGCUCCACAACAAACACAAGAUGCACUUUAACAAAUGGAUGCUACAGUUACAGCUGGGCUUCAGCGUGAUCGUUUACGGUUUGGGAAGCAAAAAGUCUCUGCUGGAGGACUUCCGAGUGUCUCACUUGGCUCAAGAAAUCCACCUCGUGGUCAACGGAUUCUUCCCCUCCAUCACUCUUAAGUCGAUCUUAAAUGCCCUGUCAUGUGACGUCCUGGAGCACCAUGGAAAUUUCCGGACUCCCUCAGAUCAGAUCCAGUACAUCACUCAGACCCUUAGAGACAACCUAGACCUCCAUGUUUACCUGCUCAUCCAUAAUAUCGAUGGACCCAUGCUGCGAGGAGAGAAGACCCAGAGUGCACUGGGGCAGCUGGCAUCCCUGCCCAACCUACACUUGGUGGCCUCUUUAGACCACAUUAACGCUCCUCUGGUGUGGGACCAGUUUCAGCAGAGUCAGUUUAACUGGCUGUGGUGGGAGUGUGUGACCUUCCAGCACUACGUAGAGGAGACGUCGUAUGAAAACUCGCUCCUGGUGCAGCAGACCGGCGCGCUCGCGUUGUCCUCGCUUACACACGUGCUGCGCAGCUUGACGCCAAAUGCAAGAGGAAUUUUCAAACUGCUUGUGAACUUCCAGCUGGAAAACAAAGAUAAUCCUUCAUACACAGGACUGUCCUUUCAAGAUUUCUACCAGCGUUGUCGAGAGGCGUUCUUGGUGAACUCAGACCUCACGCUGAGGACUCAGCUGACCGAGUUCAAAGACCACAAACUGAUCCGAACACGCAAGGGUGCAGACGGAGUGGAGUACUUGCUGGUCGCGGUGGAUGCGAGCACUCUGAUGGAUUUCCUGGAGAAUGAGGAGGUGGACUGAGAAGAGAGGCCUUCGAACUUUAUCACUUACACAUCGUUGACCGGUUAAACUAACCAGUAGAUAUUUUGGUUGACUCUGUCACUUGUAUACAGUGAAGGCCAAAAAAAA